UUGAAGCCUUUGAAAGGCGAAUAAACUCUUCGACCAGAACGCUUUUUACGGCGCUGUAUUAUUUAAAUGUAAAAGCAUUGAUUUUAAAUGAGAAGAGAACUUCCUUGACAAAAAGCUACAUAGCUGGGUGUGAUGAAUUUAAAGAAAAAAUGACAAAAAUCUGUGGAUUAUGUGUUAUUUAGAGAUUCUUCUACAUGAAAUGUGACACGAUGGCUGUGGAACACAUAUCCCUCUCCCAGAAAACUUCAAUGGGUACAUGUAACUCUAAGGCUGUCAAUUUUGGAAUAGAAACUAGAACUGCCUGGAUUGUGUUAAUAAUACUGAUAUGUACUAUCAAGACAUCAAACACAACAACAUCCUCUCUAGACACGACAACAACGACAGAUUCCUCCAUCACAUCUUCUAUAUUAUCAACUACCGCAAACUUAGCUACAGUGUCUACAACGAAACAAUCACCUACAACAGAAAUAUCACAACAAACAACAAACUCAGCAGAAACAACAUCCAUGCCAUCAACGGCUAGCACAUUCUCACCAAGUACUAAUUCAGUAACAUCACUAACAACAAGUACAAUAUCGAUGUCAACAAGUACAUCAUUAACAACAACUACAGCAACAUUUCCGGUAACGAGUACGAGUACGACAUCACCGCCAACAGGUUCUACAUUUGAAGAAUCAGGAACAACAGAUUCAUCACAGACAGGUACAGUCUCUUCGUCAACAAGUGCAAUAAGCUUAACAUCACCGACAACAAGUACAGUUCUACCGACAACAAGCACAGCAUCAUCGACAACAAGUACAACUUCAUCGACAACAAGUACAACACCACCGACAACAAGUACAGCUCCAUCGACAACAAGAUCAGCUUCACCAACAACAAGUACAGCAUUACCGACAACAAGUACAACAACGCCGACAACAACUAGUAUGACUUCAACGAAAAUGGGUACAACAUUAUCGAAAACAAGUAUAUCAAUAAGUUCGUCCUCAGUGCAAACUAGUACAGCAUCGCAAACAACAAGUACAACUUUACCGACAACAAGUAUUUCAUCAACAACCACAACAUCGCCAUUAAGUACAACAGCAUCAUCGACAGCCAGUUCAACUGCAUCUAUAACAACAAGUAGUGCACCAUCAUCAACAACAUAUGCAAAGACAACGACAGCAUUGACAACAAGUACAACAAACCCAAUAUCAUCAACAACACAAACUGCCCCUACCACGACAAAGGAAGUUACAUCUUCAUCGACAACCUCACCGACAUCAUCAUCAUCAACAUCCGCUUUAACAACAACAAGAGGAACCACAUCUGCUCCAACAACGCAAAGGAGAAUGAAUUUUCAGCUUCAUUUGAACGUAAAUGAGACGAGGGAUCUCUCGAUUGAAGGCAGUAAAGCAAAAGUGGUCAACGAUACAAGGACUGCACUAACAAAGUUGUACAUGGACACAUUGAAAGAAAGUCUGAAAAUUGAAAUUAACUCACUAAGCAAAGGAUCCUUGAUUGUGGACUAUAACAUAUACGUGGAUGAUUCGCCUGCAAUGUUACUUGAUGUCGUGAACGUUAUGAAAGACGUAUCUGAGGGAAAAACCAACUUAACCUACAACGGAAAUGACGUCAACGCCUUAUCUGUUUCUUAUAUAGAUACCUCCAACAAGCAGGUGUCGAUUGAUGGUAGAACAGACCCAAACGCUGUUAUCGAUGCUAGCUAUAUCUGCCCAACAAAUGGCCCAUGCUAUCGUCAAGACAACCUCAAAGAUGACAGUGGAUUAACAGAAAACGAAAUAAUAAUCAUAAGCUGUGCAUCUGCUGGAGGAGCACUGGUAAUCAUCAUUUUGAUAGUGAUUAUUGUAUGUUCGUGCCGCAGUAAAUCACAGAAGACCACAACAAAUGAUCGACAAUUCAAGCAUUUUCUCUUCUCUAAACAUACUACGGACCUGCUGGACAGUGCCAAUGCAACACGGAAUAUGGCCAUGGAAAAUAUACCGUCAAAUAUAAAUUCAGGUCCGAACACAAACGGAAGGUAUGCUGUGGUGAACAGAGUUCCCAGCAGACAACGGGAUCCUUAUGCAGCAGGAAACGGCGUAACAGACAAAGAGUUUGUGAAGGUGAACCAAGGAGCCCAGAGCAGGUAUAAUGGCCAAAGUGAAGAGAGGUUAGCGGGCAGGCAGUUUGAUGCUUAUAGAUCAGGAAAUAAAGAAAAAGAGUUUGUAAACGCGAAUCAAAGUGCCCAGAGCAGGUAUUAUGGUCAAAGUGAUGAGAAAUUAUCGGACAGGCAGUUUGAUGCUUAUAGAUCAGGAAAUAAAAAAAGAGAGAUGCGGUUUCAACAAAGACAAUCUAAAACCAACAUAAGUGAAUAUGAAGCAAGAGGGAACAGGUCCCAAAACAGACAACUUGAUGUUUAUAUGGGAAAUAUAGUACCACAAGAUGAUAGAAAUCCAAGAAGACACGUGAAUGAACAAAGAAUGAGAAAUAACUAUGAAGAUAACUGGAAUGCAAGAGAACUCCAAAGUCCAUAUAUGUACGAAGAUAGAUAUAAUUCCAGAGAGGAAAUGAUUCCAAGAACCCCGAGGGGAAAGCAGGAUGUUUAUAAAAGUGAAUACGAAUACAGAGAAAAUAGACCUCGAGGAGCACAAAAUUACAACAAUAGAACAGACUAUCUGAUAAACAAGCAGCAGGACAGAUCAAGGGGAUCUAGGAAUGAUUUAGAAUACAGUGGAAGAAGGUGGUACCCAGGCUAUGAACAGUAUGUGGCUGAGAACAACCUUUGGCGUAUUCAAUCUUCGAAAUCCCCUAGAUAGUUCAUUUCGAAAGUUCAAACUUCGGAAUCCUCUGGAAAGUUCAUUCACAGGGGCU